AUCCGAUUUCUAUUUAUUAUUGUUGUUUAUUUUAAAACGGGAAAAUUCAAAACGCAGUAUAAAACGUAUUUACAGUUUUUCAACAGUGUAGAUAUUUGCACUGUGCCUUAAGAAUCUGGAAACAUCAAGAGUACCGUUAUGCCACCAAAAGGAGUUCUUUCAUCCGUGUCAUUGGAAAUAUUUUUCAAUCUUAACGCAUAUUACCUUGCAUUGUUUAUGGUAGCCGAGAUUCUGUUGGUCGUGUACAAGGCUGAAGUUUUACCCUAUCCUGGCAACAAUAUUGCUCUUGAUGUUGUCAUUCUAUUUCUAUUGGGAAUUGUUGAGUUAAUAAUGAUAUUUAUGGGUUCAAAAGGAAACUUGACGGAACAUGUUAUGGCUACUGCAAUUUCACUUGCAUCUCUGUUACCUUCGAUUGGUCUAACUUUGUACUUUCUACUUUUGCAAACUUAUGUCCUUCGUGUGGAUGUUGUUUUAUGUGGUGUGUUGCUGGCACUGCAUGGUCUCGAGCUACUCUUCCUAUUUAUUGCUGUAUGCACAUUCUCGAGGGUACCUACUUAAUUCAUUAAAAGUCUCACCACAAACCACUGGAUUCUUCUUCAUUUUGUAAACAUCCACUGUGUUUCAUCUUGCGUUUUCAGCAACAAAUUUUUAUGAUGGUUAUUUUACUGCACGAAAUCUAGUACCUUCAUAUAUAUCUUAUUCAUGUAUUAUGUGCUUUUAUAGUUUUUAAACGUUAAAACAAUAUUAAAAUAUCCGUGAUUAUUUGUUAAUAUUCACGAUGUACUUUAUUUAUUUGUAUUGUAACUUAUAUAAUAAUCGUUGGUUCUACAUAGGAUAUGUGAAUAACUUUAUUGAAAGAAAAAUAAAUGGUGCUAACUGUA